CGCCCGAGCGUGCGUCAGUCGCGCAGCGAGCGCUAAUCCACAAGUACGUCGGGUGGCGCUCCGCCGACCCGUUCGCGUGCUAGUGUUGUGUCACAACGGUGGGCCAAGUCGGUUUCGAGAUACAUUCGUUCCGGCACACACCAUGGCUCUAAAUUCUGAUAGUGAACAGAAAUCGAACCUGGUCCUGCGCGUGGACCAGGAUUCGGACUCGGUUCUACAGUCAUUGUUUGACACAGUGCUUAAACCAGACUCGAAACGACCGCUACAGGUGCCUCUGCGUAUGCGACAGCUUCCAAAGUCGUUCUUUAACCCGCCGUCGACCGGUUCCAAGUCACCGUCUGUGUCUCACUCGCGAGAGAACUCGGCCGACUCGGCGUUCGGGUCGUCGUCGGCGACAGGAGCGACACCAGUGUCGCACUCUAGGGCGCACUCGUCGCCAGCAAGCCUGCAACAGACGUAUGCGGCCGGCCAACAGACUCAACAACCCCCUCUACACCACCAGCAUUCAAAACAAAGAUCAUAUGACGUCGGCUCACACAUCCCAGAUGAACUAGGCCCUUUGCCAUCUGGAUGGGAACAGGCGCGCACUCCUGAAGGACAGAUAUAUUAUCUCAACCAUAUAACAAAGACGACAACAUGGGAGGACCCGCGAAAGUCCUUGGCAGCGCAGAACGUCACCGCGGGUGUUCAGCACCAGAGCGCAGAGACCCUCCUCGCGACGCCGGCACCGCAGACUGCUCAGACAGUGCCCGCCGCGCCUGCACCAGCGAAGAGUACAAGUAGUAACACGACAGACCUGGGACCGCUGCCCGAUGGCUGGGAGCAGGCAGCGACGCCGGAGGGGGAGAUCUACUUCAUCAAUCAUGCUGCCCGCACUACUUCCUGGUUCGAUCCUAGAAUACCCCAGCACCUGCAGCGCACGCCGGCGGCGGGCGCGGGCGCGGCGGGCGGCGGCUGGCUGAACAACGCCACGCUGCAGCAGAAGAUGCGCCUCCAGUCGCUACAGCUCGAGCGGGAGCGGCUCAAGCAGCGGCAGCAUGAGAUCAGAUUACAGCAAGAGCUAAUGGCGCGGCAAGCGUCGUCGUCCAUCGUGUCGUCGCUGACGUCGAGCGUGAGCCCGGCGGGGGGCGAGCCGGCAAUGGACCCGUUCCUGUCGGGGCUGAGCGAGCACCAGCGGCAAGAGUCGGCCGACAGCGGGCUCGGCAUGGCGGUGCCGUCGUACGCGCCCGAGGACUUCCUGGCCAUGGACGACCGCAUGGACUGUAGCAGCGAGGCCGGCACCAGCCUCGACACCGACAUCACGCUCGCCGACAACCUCGACUCUACGGAUGACCUCAACACUUUACAGAUGGGAGAAUUCACGGCAGACAUAUUGUUGGAUGACGUGCAGUCGCUAAUCAACUCGACGCCGAGCAAGGCCGACAACGUGCUUACCUGGCUCUAGGGCCGGCGGGGAGCCCCGACCGAUACCAAAUGUAUAUCGUGUACAUUGCAGACAUUUACUAGUUGCGUGUGUAUGAAGUGUUUAUGUCGUGUGACUAUGGUUAUGUUGGUACGGUAUAGCCCGGUAUGACUCUCACGUGUAAGUAAUACAGUAUUGUUUUUUUGAAGUCUCUGCAUUUAUUCAAACGAGAUAGAAUUACGCUCUGUAUAAUCGCUGUACUACAUGUAUACUUAACAGUGAAAGGGCAUUCGGCAUUGCUUAUUUCGAUUUCGAUUUCUGCGUUAAGUAUUAUAGAAUGUAUACUGUAUAGUGUCCAUUUUGAUUAAGUGCAAAAUGUAGAGCUAUGGAAAUUGCCAAGUAGGUAACCUUAAGUGGUAGGCCAUGACUGUAAUAAUGGCUAGUCACUAUGUAAAGCCUCGUCACUUGUGUAGUGCUCGCGCGCGGCUGAGGACUCUAUUGACUCGUAGUUUCGAUGCAAGCCUUCUUUCUUCGUCGAAAGUAGCAGUGUUGCAAUACUAAUAGUAAGCUAGGUUUCCAAUAAUCUUUAGCUUUAAGACUAAUGGAAAUCCUAUCCUUUCUUUGACUAAGUAGGUAAAAAUAAAUUGGAUAAAGUUUAA